UUCACAAAACAUGCCUGUGACAGGCGAGUUGUUAUACAUUCCAUGAGAAGUUGUUGAGCAUGCCUAGCUCGCUCAGUGUAAACAAAGAUUGCUUGAGGAAGAUCCUAAGCAGAACAAUCGGAAUCUCUCUUCUAUCUACGUAACUCCUCAAAGCAAGUGUUGAGUUUUGUUCAACAGACACAUAGCCGAAGGAUGGCUGCACCAAGUUCCGAAAUCAAGUUGGGAAAAGAGUCCAUGGUGUAAGAAUCGAGUCCUAAAUGCUGUCCGGUCCAUCCUGAUCAUUGGUUUCCCGAUCCUAACACGAUUUGUGGAGUGGAAUCGAUUGAUUAACGACUACGACUCUUUGAAACAAUAGGAACUAAUCCAGAGCACAACACGUACUCAAUCACCAUGAGCUCCAAAAAUACGCGAAGAAAAGUUCAAACCAGUUUGAGCAGUCCAGAAAUUGAUAUCUGGAGCUUGGACACAAAUCAAAUGAAAAAACUCAUGCUGGAAAUGUACGAAGAGCUAGAGUUGCUUCAAAUUCUACGCAUCGAUUCCUCAUGCAUUUCCCGUUUUCUGGAUGCCGUAGAAGGAUAUUAUCACUCCAAUCCAUUUCACAAUUUUCGUCAUUCCUUCUGCGUCACGCAAAUGAUGUUCGUCAUGAUUCAGGAGCUGACCCUGAGCAAAUACUUCCAGCCUUUAGAAUUGGCCGCUUUAUUAACGGCUUGCAUUUGCCACGACCUUGACCAUCCCGGCCUCAACAACACUUAUCAGAUCAAUGCAAAAACUGAAUUGGCCAGACGAUUCCGGGACAAAUCCCCGUUGGAAAACCAUCAUGCCGAGAUGGCCUCGUGUAUCUUGGAUGAUGUCAACUUGUUUCAGCAUCUUUCAUUGUCGCAACAAAAAGAAAUAAAAGAGGAUAUUACUUUCUUAAUACUAUCGACGGACAUGUCCCGGCACAAUGAUAUCUUGGGUCAGUUUGUGGCAAUUGCGGACCAAUUCGAUUUCAACAAUCCUCGACACCGAUCAAUUUGCAAAAGUAUGCUAAUUAAGGCUUGUGAUGUUUCUAAUGAGUGCCGACCAGUCAAUACCUCAGAAAAAUGGGUUGAUUGCCUGUUGGAAGAAUACUUCAACCAGAGUGACUUAGAAAAAUCGAGUGGACUUCCCUAUGCCCCGCAUAUGGACCGUGACAAGGUGACCAAAGCCAAUUCUCAAGUUGGCUUCAUUAGUGCCAUUCUCAUUCCCAUGUUUCAAUCUCUGACACGCGUCUUCCCCAGCAUUGAAACUUUGUUACUGAAGAACUUGCGAGAGGCUUUAUCACACUACGAGACUCAGGAUCAAUUAAAGGGCGACAACACUACGUAGAAGAAACAAGAACUAAUUGAACGAUUUCGUACAUAGCAAGAGCCCUCAGGAUACAAAACGUACAACCGGGUGUCACAUAAAUAACAACAGUACACUAGACAACCCGAUCUUGAUUAUAUAUAGAGAGAGAUUUAUUAAAGAUGAUUCAGUAA